AAUCGCCUUUUAAUAUUGCGUAUUUGUAGUUAAAGUGUUUUAGCACGUUUUAGCUUUACUAGUUACUGUAAAUAGGACGAAGCGUUCAGCUGUCCGCCCCGCUAGACAUGUUUGCCGACAUUGACUUCAAGUCCAUUGCCCCUUUCUGACUAAAGUAGGCAUCAGAAAUAUUAGAAGAUUGUAAUUGAGGAGUUCACCCUUCUAGUCGACCCUCGUAGGGCAGUCCGUGGUUAGCUCCAGGUUCCGGGGCGUUUCCUGCCUCUGUCAGAGUCUUGUGCCGCAGUGACGGCCAUGUCGUUCCUCCAUUAUAAGUUUUGCUAUAAUUCCGCGCGUCGACAGUACCCGUCGGAACGAGUGCACGCAACAGAGUGAUGUUUUGAAGUUUUGAGUUGCCGUCAAGUUGUUUGUUGAUGACAGUAUGACGGCUAAGGGCGCGUAAUGGCUGAUCGUGGCCGAUAAUUAUCGUCAGCCCCUUUUCACAUAUGGCUGUCGUCUCCAUUACUCCAAGCUUUCACAAAGAUUUAAUCUGAGUUUAACCCUAAAGAGGUAUCAAAGGCUCGUAAUGACCAUCUGAAGCAGCGAGCGCUCAUUCAGCGAUAGAUUGGGAUAAGCAUACGAGUACCGGACGAGUAAUGGUGGGCUAUCGCAGGAAAUAGCUUUGCUACAGCAGUAAUUAAUACGCUCCAAGAUUUUUCUAAGAAGUUCUGAGUGUUAUUAAAAUAGUUUGAACAACCAACGCAGGGAAAUGUCAGAAAGAUGGGUGCGUGGCAUGCUUGUCAGCUUACAGGCUUACGUUUGACAUGCCAUUCAAUUGCAAUCAUUCUAAUUAAUUGUGUUGUCACACCGGUCGUCACCCCGGCCUAUCGAUAGCAGUUGACUUAGCAGGAUCUGGUGAACCUUUGUUUAGUGUCAAACAUCUUGUUCACGACUUGAGUGGCUGAGCAGUGACUGACGUCAGCACAAGCAGCUCUGAGCAUGACCGUUGGGAGAGUGGACCACUGAUAAUGGAAAUCAUUUGAGACCGUGUACACAACGCCAGAAGCAGACGAGCCAUGACUUCGUUCUCGGUGAAGGACAUCCUCAAUCUGAGUGAGUCGGUUACACGCGCGUCCAAAAGCGAGCCGACGCCAGAAGUAUCAGUGAAUUUUGAGAACUGUGGCAGUGAUAACAGAUUGGAGGCUUGUGGCGUGGCGUAUAAUCAAGUACAGAGGAGCGCAUAUACCGGUACUCCUGAAAUAGAGGAGGCCGGCAGCCCCGCGUCCAGCGAUCACCACGACGCUGAGUCCAAUGACGACAAGAGAGACGAGGGAAACGAGCCUCCUAAAAAACGGAAACGUCGCGUUCUCUUCACAAAGGCGCAGACUUACGAACUAGAAAGACGAUUUCGCCAGCAACGAUAUUUAUCAGCUCCGGAGAGAGAGCAACUUGCGAGGAUAAUUAACCUCACUCCUACACAAGUGAAAAUAUGGUUCCAGAAUCACCGGUACAAGUUCAAAAAACAAAACUACGAGAAAGGGCCGCUAAGCGAGCCUCCUCCGCUCUUCACUCCGCGUACUGUUCCCGUGCCCGUUCUGGUUCGCGAUGGCCAACCCUGCCACGGAGCGUCUAUGAACAACUUCGCAUAUCACCACGCAGCAGACUUUCUACACUACCCACCGGUCAGUACAAGCUAUAUGCCUGCACACCCGUAUUGGACUUGGUAGGGUUAAGAAAAAUCCCGCACUCGAAGGAAAUCGUAAUUAUGUGAGGGGACUGACGUGAUGAAGUCUGCGCUCACUUGUUGAGAUCAAAUCUCAAGCGCUCCGCACCAGCACAAACACAGUAUUGGACUUUUCCUCCAUGGUCUGCUCAAAUACGGUAAAUCCUAAGACGUAAAAGCAUGCACUGAGACUAGUCAGCUCGGUCGGUACCCCCGAGAUUGAGCAAGAAAGGCCGAGACUGAAGAGGGCCGUACGCAAAAAGCAUAACAUUUUCAAAUCCUCUUCAAUGCCCUUUCACCGCGCUGUCAAAGCACAUAGGAACAAUUUCUCAAAGUAGCUUUACAAUUAGCUAUAAUACUUUAUUCUGGAAGAUGUGAGGUAUUUGUGCUUAAGUGUAUGUGUUUUGGCAGUGCAUGAUACGGUGGGCGUUGUGCUAUAUAUCAGAGCUGAGGGGCUGAUGCUGAUGGCCGCCUCGUUAAGAUGAGAGCUGAUCUUCACAGUGUUGAUUGAAGUACGAGAUGAACAUGAUACUGAAGUUAGCUCGACUACAACAAUCCUUUCCUUUUACUGCUAAACGCUAUUUGUAAAUACAAUAGGACGUAAAUACAAAUUUCUUGAUAUCGAAACCAUUCAAUUCAAACGAUAAAUACAUAUUGCGCUUAAGGUA